AUGAGCAUCUCCGACCAGGCCGGAGGGUCCGUAGAGGCGUCAGGCCGGCGACACACGGUCGAGGCCAGGCCGGAUGAGUCCGAGAAAUAUGAGGAAGCAGAGGGCGAUCAAGAAACCGAGGGGGCUGGUGAAGGGGAUGGCGACGGUAAGGACGGUGAGCAGCGAGCCCGCAAUGUUGCCGCUGCGGCUGCCACCCAGAAGGCUGCGGUUGACACUCACGAUCGGACUGCCGCAGCAAAAUCCGCGAAAACCAAGACCUCGGCCCAGGAACCUUCCGCGCCUCAUGCGGAACCGCAGCCUGCUUCUGGCGCGAACGUGGGAGUGGGCACAGGAACGGGAGAUACUGGAGACGAGGAUUCGAAUGUUCCGCGCCACACGUUAUCCGAGCUGCUGACCUGGCCAGUGUUGACGUUCGCGCACGAGGUUGUCCGGCUGGAAGGUGCUCUGGAUGAUUUGAUUCAGGCUCAGUACGACGCGGAUCACGCCCUCAAGCUUCAGCGCAAUCGGAUUCGCGGCCUUCUGAACGAUCUUCAAGUCCAGAAGGACAAUCUGGACGCAGCCAUUACGAGGACGGGCAACAUCGCAACGCGGUUUCAGGAGGAGGAGGAAAAAUGGGCGCGGACAGUCGAGGGCUUGGUCCAGGAGCUAAGGGUUGAGCGCGGGUCUGCGACUGUGCAGCGGGAGGCCGCGGACCGUACGCUCCGUAGGUUGGAGGACACGAUGGUGGGACUGAGGGCUUUGAUUGCGGAUUCGAUUUCGGAUGCGGUGGCGCGAACGCGUUACGAGAUGGCCCCGUGGGGAAGGAUGGGGACGUUCGAGGCAGGUGUGGCGACUGCCGCGGACCGUGGAGGCACUGGAGGGCCGCCAGCAGCUGGAGGUGCCGCGAUCCAGCAGGCUGGUGUGCCCUUAAUGCGUGGCGCAGAGGAAAUCCCUGACGCAGAUGCUGAGGCAACGGAGGCCAUGCAGAAGUGGUUGUCCAUGGCUCAGCACCCGGAGAAGGCGGACGCGAAGGGAAGCGCGAAAGGAAAGGAGAAGGAGGAUCCGAAAUGGGGCGUUGGUAUACGGCAAAACUCGCGGGGCAUGUUCACCUUGGAGCUUCACCACUCGUCACGCUGGUACUUCGGUUCCCACGCUAAGCUCCCUACCGUGCGGUUUCUGUGCGCGGUGGCACAGAUGGUGUGGAAUCAGCAGAUUCCCGAGGACAAGCUGGUUCUGACUGACGAGGAAAAAGCGGAGUGGACCUCCGAUCUUGAUGUGGCGCGGAUUAUGCACGCUGGUGUUUUCGCGGUUCUUUAUCUGCGAGGUAUCUGCGCGAGCCCCAAAAGGAUUCGAGCUGUGAUGAAACGAGUCAGGACUUUAAAGGACGAAAACGCGGAAGCGAGCGACGAGGUCGCCUGCUCUGCUGCGGUUGGACUCGAGACCGUGGCGGACGAUUCACCCGCGAAGGGCAAGAAGUUUGUGCCCUCUGGUGCUGGGAGUGUGGCGUUUGUUUGCGCGGUUUCCUGGAUGCAGUGUAAGGGAUGUGAUCUGAAGACCGCGGAAGCGAGCGCGAAACAGGCCGCGCUACUUGCCGGAGCGAGCGAUCUGAGCGUGGUUCUCUACCUCGCGGUUUGGAAGCACAUCGUCACGGCAGCGAAGAAGGGACAUGAUGCUGCUAAGAUCGAACUCCAGGUCGCGAAACAUUUCGCGGACGCGAAAAAAGCCACUGUCACGAAAAGUGAGAAAAGCACCAUUCACGAGCAGGUGGAUGUGCUGAGAACCUGGAACUUCGACCCAGAUACCGCUAAGAAGAUGCGUGCGUUGGGCUUGUAUAUCGAGUGCGGUGACGAUCGCGCGAAGGCCAAGAAUCGUGACGUUAGCCGGUCGCGUGUGAGAAAGAGUGCCGCGAAAUCGGACGACGAAGGUGGCUCCCAGGCUGGAAAAAAGAGUGCCGCGAAAUCGGACGACGAAGGUGGCUCCGAGGCGAUUGAGCUUGACGAUUCAGAAACGGAGGAAAUGUGA